AUGAUGCUUGAAAUAAGCCAAAAGCUAAAGGAGCCUCCCCUUUGUGGCUGUCACUUUGGAACAUCCACUCCGGUGUCGACAGAAGGCAUACACGUUGUUGAUCCCCCUGGGAAAGAAACUGCUGGGGAGGCUCCUUCUGUCACGCCAAUCAUUGUCAAUUUGGAUCCCCCUCCGAAGGAAAAUCCGACGCCCCGUCUAAGUGAAGAGAGUGAAAAACGCUUGGCAAAGAUGGAAGAGCGACUGUGUGCCUUGCAAGGUUACGAACUGAAAGGAGCUGAUAGGUUGUCUCCAUACACCAAGACGAACUUCCCUGAAAACUUCCAAGAACCUGAGUUCACAAGAAAAUAUGACGGAACGGGAUGUCCCAAGACUCACCUUAGAUAUUACAUGAGGAAAAUGGCUCGCUAUGCUGACAACUUGCCAUUUCUCAUACACACAUUUCAAGAUAGCUUGGAAGGCAUUGCUUUAACGUGGUUCAUUGCGCUGGACAUUGAAGAACUCACUAGUUGGGAGGAUUUAACCAACGAGUUCUUGCAGCAAUACCGGUUUAAUACCGAGCUCGCCCCCACGAGAGAAGAAUUGACCCGUAUUGAGAAGAAGAGGAACGAGUCAUUCAAGGCCUUCGCGCAAAGGUGGAGGACCAUGGCCUCACAAGUGAAGCCGGCCUUGAAUGAGAGGGAGAUGAAACAACUGUUCCUUAAGACAUUACCCCCUGAAUACUUCCAAGGGUUAGUGUUCUCAGGUUGCCAGACAUUUUCGCAGCUAGUUGAGGUAGGUGAAGGAGUCGAAUGGGCAAUGGUCGAGGGAAAGAUUUCAACCGGAGGCACGAAGAAAUUCUUGGCAAGAAAAGAUAAGGAAGCCGCAGUUGAAGUAGCACUUGUGCAGGAGCCGCCUUUCCCUCGACCGUCCUCAACACCUACGCAUAAGCCCAUAGUGAUCCAAGGUAGUUCGUCACGAGCAUAUGAUAACGUCAAGAGGCCUUUUCGAAAGGAUUUUUCUCCAUUGCCGCGCCCGCUGUCAAAGCUGUUGCCCAUGCUCCUCGAAAAGAGGAUGGUCGCGAAGGAAGUACCAAGAGACAAUCCCCCAAGGUUCGCCGGGUUCGAUAUGAACAAGACCUGCGAAUACCACAUGGGAGAGAGGGGGCAUGAUGUAGAUGAUUGCAACGUACUGAGAUAUAAAGUUCAACAACUUCUAGACAAGAAGAUCUUGACUUUCAAGGAGGCCCAACCUAAUGUGCAACAGAACCCUCUACCAAAUCAUGCAGGGGGAGUAAACUCAAUUUCUGAGGAGACGCGGGCGAGCCAACAGUCUCUAGUGGUGGAUGCUUCCAGGUUGUACAACUCCUUAGUGCUGGCGGGAUAUUAUGAAGGACAGGAUGAUGUGACUCCAGAAGAGAAGUUGAACCGCGUACGCAAGAUGGUAGCCAUGGGGGUAAUCCGACGCGGAGAAGAGGAGGAGGGGGUUGUGUCCAUGAUAAUGCCAUCAUCAUUCCGCUCUUCUUUCUGUAAGUUUGCUUGUAUAUCUCGGGCAAAGAAGGUUAUGCCUGGAAUUUCGAAAACCCCAGCUUUGUAUGAGGAAGGGGUGAUAGCUAUGAUAACCCCAAUAGUGAUUGAACUACCUGAUGAGGAGCCCGUUGAUGAUAUCAAGAUGGAAAUCACUGAACCCACGGUGAUCGACCUUAUGGCCAAAGAGAUGUCGGCAAUUGAAGUCACGGGAGGGAACGCAACGCCAGUCACGAUAGAAUUGCCACCUUGGGAGAAAGAUGGAGUGAUAGUGUUGGAGAAUCCUCCCAAAUUCGAUCCCAAAGCUGUACCUUGGGACUACGGAACAACUGAGGUGGACACUGUCACGCGAUCAGGCCGCUGUUACGCCCCUGAUAAAGGAAUAGAAAAGAAGGCCGUGACCGAGGAGGAGGCGAAGCAAUUCCUGGCCAUAGUAAAAUCUAGCGAGUUCAAUGUGGUAGAUCAACUGCGGAAGUUGCCAGCCCAAAUCUCCCUCCUAGAGUUGUUGAAAUCCUCCGAGAAGCACAGGGACAUCUUGCUGAAGGUCCUCAAUGAGGUGCACGUACCCGAAACAAUCGAUGAAGUCCAAUUGGAGGAGUUUGUUGGGGCCAUUCUACUAAAAGACCAAAUCUCCUUUACUGAUGAAGAUCUCCCCCCUGAGGGCCCUAAUCAUACCAAAGCGCUACACAUUUCGGUGAAGCAUGAGAGCACUCUUGUUUGCAGAGUGUUGAUCGAUAAUGGUUCGGCACUCAAUAUAUGCCUGUUGGCUACGCUCCACCGUCUUGGCGUUGAUCUUGGAAGAAUUCAUGCGGCAAGUCAAGCUGUGCGGGCUUUUGACGGGAUGAAGAAGGAGGUGAUAGGGGAAAUUGAACUUGAGCUGCUGAUUGGCCCUGUACUUUUCCAAAUCCCGUUCCAAGUGCUAGAUAUACCAAGCGCUUUUAAUUUUCUACUAGGGAGGCCAUGGAUUCACACGGCAGGUGCUGUUGCCUCCAGCCUUCAUCAGAAAGUACGGUUUGUGGUGGACAAUAGGCUUGUCACAGUCCAUGGAGAGUCUGACUUCAAGAUCUACCACGAGACAGCAAUCCCUUAUGUGGAGCCCGAAUGUACUGAGGAAUCCAGCUUUCAAACAUUAGAGCUGGUGUCUGUGAUUCAUGUGCCUACAGGCUCUUUUACAAGGGCUCCCGAAUUAUCUAGGCCAGCUAUAGCUGUGGGAAAAAUCAUGCUGGCAAGCGGAUAUAAUCCCGCGGAGGGUCUUGGAUCGCAUGGCCAGGGUGUGCGAAAACCAAUUGAAGCUCGUAAAAACUUCAAAAGAAGAGGCUUGGGAUAUAUCGAGAAGCGGGGAGGCCACAACAACCGAGGAAGCCGUGGAAGAUAUAGAGGCCGAGGUGGCCGAGGUGGCCAAGGAGGCCGAGGCGGGUACAGAGACCAGAGUGAACGCAUUGCCCAGACUGAAGAGGACGAGGGCCAUCAAAGCCCGUUUUCCCUGCUGCUGGAGGAGACGUUUCCAGGACCCCCAAGGAUGUUGUUCGAGGAAGAGGAGAAUAUCUAUGGUGUGACCGAGCUAUUCGAGGAGGAUGUCAUAUGCGCCAUCCUGGCGUGUGAAGAAGCCGAGUCCUCUGAAGUCAUGGCUGUCCCUCCAGAGCAUUACAUUAUGCAUAAUCAUGAUAAGGACGCAUGUGACUCAGAUGUGCAUGAAGAAAGUCCCUCAGGUUCUGAUAACACGGAUGACGAUGAUCAGAAGGGGAUCGAGCGCGAGUGGAAUCGACACGAAGAAUCGAAGCCGUUGACUGAAGAGCAAACAAUCACCAUAAAUCUGGGUGAUGCAGAGAAUGUUAAGGAGGUAAAGAUCGGAGCCUGUCUCUCAGAAUCAGAGGCAGAAAGGAUGACUAAUCUUCUGAGAGAGUAUCAGGAUGUGUUCGCCUGGACAUAUGCCGACAUGCCGGGAUUGGAUCCUGAAAUUGUGGAACAUGCUUUACCAACGGACCCCAAUAUGCCACCCAAGAAGCAAAGACUCAGGAGAACUAAACCAGAGUUGUCCAAGAAGAUUGAAGAAGAAGUGAUGAAACUACUAAAAGUAGACUUUAUUGAAGUGACUCGUUACCCUGAUUGGGUAGCAAAUAUCGUGCCCGUAAUGAAGAAAGAUGGACGAAUCAGGGUGUGUGUUGACUAUCGCGACUUGAAUCGAGCAAGUCCCAAGGACGACUUUCCGCUCCCACAUAUCGAUGUUUUAGUUGAUAGUACAGCGGGAUUUGAGUUAUUCUCCUUCAUGGAUGGCUUUUCCGGAUAUAACCAAAUUCGUAUGAAGGAGGAAGACAGAAGCAAGACAUCAUUCAUAACUCCUUGGGGAACUUUCUGCUACAAAGUGAUGCCUUUUGGUCUAAAGAAUGCUGGGGCAACGUAUCAGAGGGCCAUGGUCACGUUAUUCCAUGACAUGAUGCACAAGGAAAUCGAAGUAUACGUCGACGACAUGAUUGCGAAAUCGAGACGUGGUGAAGAUCAUGUUAAAGUCUUGCGAAGGUUGUUUGAACGUCUUCGGAAGUUCAAGUUGCGCCUCAAUCCCGCAAAAUGCGUUUUUGGAGCGAAAUCUGGGAAACUAUUAGGAUUCAUGGUUAGUAAAAGGGGCAUAGAGAUUGAUCCGUCGAAAGUUAAAGCCAUUUGCGACUUACGACCCCCAACUACCAUCAAAGAAGUCCGCAGCCUAAUGGGACGACUUAAUUAUGUGGCGAGAUUCAUUUGUCAGUUGUCUGAAACGGCGAAGCCAUUCUUCAAGCUCAUGAAAAAGAAUGCAAAGAUCGAGUGGAACGCCGAGUGCCGGGGUGCCUUUGAGAGGAUAAAACAUUAUCUCAUUCAUGCACCAGUCUUAGUGCCCCCACUCCCCAAAAUUCCCCUGAUUUUGUACUUAACCAUAUAUGACGAGUCAUUGGGAGCUAUGUUAGCCCAGAAGAGACCAAAUGAUGGGAGAGAAUGCGCAAUAUACUACUUGAGCAAGAAGUUCACUGUUUCCGAGAUGAACUAUACGGAAGUUGAGAGAACUUGCGUGGCUUUAAUUUGGGUCUUGCACGGGCUACGGCAAUAUACACUUCAUCACCGAAUCUUGUUGGUGACGAAAAACGAUCCUAGGUAUCUCUUAGAAAAGCCGGCUUUGGUUGGGAAGUUAGCCAAAUGGCAAAUCUUAAUUUCUGAGUUUGAUGUUCAAAGCUUGGGACAAAAGUCUGUUAAAGGUCGAGCCAUAGCAGACAUGUUGGCAGAAAAUUCCGAGAGGUCCAGAGCAUCUGAUGAGGAUAAUGAUGCAGAAGAGCGAAUUUUACUUGUAUCAAGCGACAAAUGGACGAUGUACUUUGAUGGUGCGGUUAACUUAGCCGGGUCAGGUACUGGGGCAGUUCUUAUCUCUCCGGAUGGACAACAUUACCCCGUCGCUGCUAAAUUGACGUUCCCUUGCACGAAUAACAUUGCUGAAUACGAAGCAUGCGUUCUUGGCCUCCAAGCCGCCGUCGAUAUGAAAAUUCGGAAGCUGCAAGUUUAUGGCGAUUCAACCCUUAUCAUCUUACAGACUGAAGGCAAAUGGCAAACACAUGAUUCUAAAUUAAUUCCGUAUCAUGAGUUCCUAGGAGAAUUGACGGAAGAAUUCCAAGAAAUAUCAUUCGAAUACUUACCAAGGUCUCAAAAUCAGUUCGCUGAUGCCCUAGCUACCUUGUCUUCGAUGUUGCAAGUAAUUGGAGGCUUGGACAUUGAACCACUGAGAAUCGAAAUCCUUCGGCGCCCGGCUUAUUGUAUGAUGGUUAAGGAGGAACCAGAUGGACAACCUUGGUAUCACGACAUCUUGAAGUAUCUGCGAAGGCUGGCAUCGAAAUUCUUCACCAGUGGAGAUGUCCUCUACAAAAGGUCCUUUGACUCAACAUUGCUAAGGUGUGUUGAUGCUGAAGAAGCUGAUCGUUUGAUGAAAGAGAUACACGAAGGGGAGUGCGGCCCCCAUAUGAAUGGACACUUCUUGGUGAGAAAGAUCAUGCGACUCGGUUAUUAUUGGCUGACCAUAGAGUCUGACUGCAUUCAACACGUACGACGGUGUCACUAGUGCCAAAUUUAUGGAGACAGGAUAAAUGCCCCUCCAAUUGAACUUCACCAAAUGUCUCAACCCUGGCCCUUUUCAAUGUGGGGAAUUGACGUGAUCGGGCCCAUUAACCCCAAAGCUUCAAAUGGGCAUCGAUUUAUCUUGGUGGCGAUAGAUUAUUUUACCAAGUGGAUCGAGGCCAACUCGUAUGUUAAUGUUACUGCCAAGAAUGUGGCAAAGUUCAUUCGUCGUGACAUUAUCGCUCGUUACGGGGUGCCGGAGGCGAUCAUUACCGACAACGGCACUAAUUUGAAUAACAAAGUCGUAGAUGGUUUGUUUAGUGAGUUUCGAAUUAAGCACCUGAACUCGUCACCGUACCGUCCUCAGAUGAAUGGAGCGGUGGAGGCAGCAAACAAGAAUAUAAAGAAAAUCUUAUCAAAGACCGCUGAAAAUUAUCGUGAUUGGCAUGAUAGGCUCCCUUACGCACUAAUGGCGUACCGAACUUCUAUUCGCACCUCCACAGGGGCAACUCCUUUCUCACUCGUAUACGGGAUGGAGGCAGUCUUGCCUGUUGAAGUUGAAGUCCCUUCUUUAAGGAUCCUUUCUCAAUCUACGCUUGAUGGCGAGUGGAUGCAACAGAGGCAUGAGCAGUUAAACAUGAUCGAUGAGAAGAGAUUGCAAGCUAUGUGUCAUGGUCAGUGCUAUCAGAGACGAGUCGCAAAAGCCUUUAACCGAAAGGUUCGUCCCAGACACUUCGAAGUCAAUGACUUGGUGUUGAGGAAGGUGCUUCCGAUCAUACCAGAUCCUCGUGGCAAAUUCACCCCGAAUUACGAAGGACCGUAUGUUAUUAAGAAGAUUCUUCCUGGUGGUGCCAUGAUUUUAGUUGAAAUGGAUGGCAGUGAAUUGCCUAGACUUGUAAACGCUGAUGCAGUUAAGAAGUAUUUUCCAUGA